CCAACAGUAGUUAUUGAUUCACUAUCAAAAAUGGCAACAAAGCCUCAACCCACUGCUCUCAUCUUCUCCCUCCUCCUCCUAUUCCUCCUAUCUGAAAUCCAAACCUCCACGGGCGGCGGCAUCGCCAUCUACUGGGGCCAAAACGGCAACGAAGGAACCCUAUCCGAAACCUGCGACACCAAAAGAUUUUCGUACGUGAACAUAGCCUUCCUCUACAUCUUCGGCAACUCCCAAACCCCAGUCCUCAACCUGGCCGGCCACUGCAACCCCGCCGCCAACACCUGCACCUUCCUCACCUCCGACAUUCUUCACUGCCAAAACCUCGGCAUCAAAGUCAUGCUCUCCAUCGGCGGCGGCGUCGGCACCUACUCUCUCUCUUCCCAAUCCGACGCCAAAAACGUCUCCGAAUACCUCUGGAACAACUACCUAGGCGGCUCCUCAUCGUCUCGCCCUCUCGGCAAUGCUGUCUUGAACGGUAUCGAUUUCGACAUCGAGCUCGGCUCCACAACGUACUGGGACGAUCUGGCUCGCUAUUUAUCUGCUUAUAGCGAGUUUGGAAGGAAGGUGUACGUAUCAGGGGCACCCCAAUGUCCGUUUCCUGAUGCGUUUUUAGGGGGUGCCCUUAAUACGGGUCUAUUUGAUUAUGUUUGGGUACAAUUUUAUAAUAACCCACCAUGCCAGUACAGUUCAGGGAAGAUUGAUGAUUUAAUUGAUUCGUGGAAGGUUUGGAUAAGAUCGAUCGAGGGUGAUGGGAAGGUGUUUUUGGGUUUGCCGGCGGCGACUCAGGCCGCCGGAAGUGGGUUUAUUCCGCCGGAGGUGUUGAAGGGUCAGAUAUUGCCGGAGAUAAAGAAGUCAAGUAAGUAUGGGGGUGUCAUGCUUUGGUCCAAGUAUUGGGAUGAUCAGAGUGGGUACAGUGCAUCCAUUGAGAGCACUGUUUGAUUUGGAAUUGAAUCGAUCGAAUUCAAAGUGGUUCGUCUUCGUUUGUUUAACUAAUAAAAUUGUAUGUUUGAUGAAUUUACAUGGACUUGAUGUGGUUUGACUUUCAUAAAAUCGAAGGUUGCUUUUUGGGAACA